AUGGAAGGGGCAAAUGUGAUAUCUCAUUUUAGGCCAAUUGCUUUGGCCAAUUUUUCAUUUAAGAUGAUUCCGAAGAUUAUGGCAGAUCGGUUGGGUCCUAUAGCUUCAUGUAUUAUUUCGGCUCAUCAGAGUGCUUUUCCUGAAGGUUGGCAAAUUUCAGAUUGCGUUGUUUUUGUUUAUGAGGGCUUCAAUCUAUUGGAUAGGAUAAUCUUUGGAGGCCAGAGAGGUUGCAGAUCUGAGGCUGCUUCUUCCUUCACCACAAUCACUCUAUGUGGUAUGGAGACUGGAGAGACCCAUAACUAUGUGGGUCGAAGAGUUUUCAGAAGGAGAAAACAGAAGAAGGAACAGGUGUUGAGAUGUACCAGUGAUGUACUGGUGACUGAAGAAGCUCUAAGUCGAGGUAUGUCUUCCCUUUUUGAUGCUCGAAAGAUUAAACCUAUUUCUAUGCUGAGGGGAUGUUUGAUUACUCAUGUGCUCUACGCUGAUUACCAUUUUAUUUUCUGUCGAGGGGAUAUAUCUUCUCUCAAUCGCUUGCAACUCUUUUUAGAUGAGUAUGGUGCUGCUUCAAGUUAA